AUUUGGUAUCCUUUUGUGCAUUUCCUUUUAAUUAGGAGGAAGUAUCUUGCAGCUUGGUGUUUCCAUUUCCCAUGUAUCUUUUUUAUGCUGUACUUCAAACACGUGCUGUUGGUCACGCAUGGUCACAUACAUGUACAUGUAUGUACACGUAUGGAAAAUAUCUGGAAAUGAUGUGCUGUAUGACCAAUUCAUUCCAUUGGACUGCUGUACAGUACAAAAGGAGUUGUGUUUAAUAUGUGGUACAUGUACCGGUACAUCUGUGAUUGGCUGAAUUGAGAAGUGUUCCAGGUGCUGAUGAUUUACAGUACGUAUAGAGCACAACAUGUCUGAGAUUGAGCGUUGUCUUGCCAACCUGCUAGCAGGCUGUCCUCCUCCUGUGCCUGUUCCAAAAUAUGACUUUUUCUUCAAAGCUCCUGCUAAAACCCACCAGCGACCUCUAGUACUGAGAGACAACCUAUCCAUCAUAGUAGCUGCUGUGAUUUUUGACGACAAGUGCCGAGUGGUUUUAAUUCAGGAAGCCAAGGAAUCUUGUCGUGGUCGGUGGUAUCUACCAGCAGGACAUUCAGAGCCUAAUGAAACACUACAGGAAGCCAUACAGAGAGAGGUUCUAGAAGAAACUGGUCUUGAAUUCCAACCAUCAACAGUAGUGCGAGUAGAAAGCAAUCAUCUGUUUGGUUACUGGAUGAGAUUUACUUUCAUUGGAUAUAUUACCGGAGGAAGACUCAAAACUUUAGAGGAAGCAGAUAAAGAAUCAUUACAGGCAAAGUGGACAACCAUUGAGGACAUACAGGGCCAAGUGGACAUCAAAUUGAGAGCCCACGACGCUGUAUACUUGAUCCAAACCGCCUUGGCUUACUUACAGAGGGACCCUAUCAAGAGACACGCCAAUGUCUUACCUGUCCUCAACCCACAUAAGCACAUGUGCAUCAGGGUGAUUCUCAUCAAACGUUUGCAAGAUGAAGUGCAUGUUUUGCUGAGCAUGGAAGAUAAACCUCAUUUCCCUAUCAUCAAAGGGACAUCUAUUGCAGAGGAGGCACUUCGAACAUUGGAUAAGGAGACUUUCAGCGCUAGCAAUGGCUACUUUUUGCGUGGACUGUUGUGUAUUGAACACCUUGGCCGGCCACAUGGCUCAGCAGAUGGUGUGUGUCUCAACCUACUUGCUGUGACUGACUUUCAGAGGGACCUCAAAAACCCCAACUUCAUGUGGCAUCAUAUCACUAACCCUGAAAUUCAAACUACACUUUACAAUAGAAUACAAGAGUAUCGCUGUUUGAACUGUCCUUAAAAAAGCCACCAACAGAUAUCAGUCUAACUAGAUACAGAUAACCAUCAGGAUUAUUUUUUCAUAAUCAUUUGAAAAUAAAAGUUUACGGAGAAACAGCAAUUUGUCACAUGGAAUAAAUCUUGAUAUGUACGUUUAUAUAAAUGGGGCAAUAUUUUAAGUUUUAGUGUAAAAAUUGAUGUGGCUUAGGAGCCUUGAAAUAUUAAUCUGACUCAGAUUCUACUGUUUUGUACUUUUUGUGCCAGUUGUAUCAUAGCAUGCUGAAAUAAGACUUUUCACAAUGGCAACAUGUAUGUACAUAUGUUUGGUAAUGUAGAUAGCAUUGAACACUGUGGCACCCAUAGCUUUUUUAUACCUUCUCUGGGUGAAAGAUUUAUGUCCCAAGUAGUUAGUAGUUGUUAGGUGGCAUAUAGUACCCAAGAUGUGAAGUAACAGUGAAGUUUUUUGUUUCAUUACAAGUCAUAGUUGCAAGAGUGCUGUAUCACACCUAUUUCACAUUUUGGUAGUGUUUGGAAGAUGUUUGACAGUAACAUCAUCUUUUGAAUAGGCCUCAUAAUCUCUGCAUCAUUUACCACAUGAUCACUGCUGGGAAAAACAACUACUGAGUAGUCAUAAGAAAUAUAUGGAAUAUUUUUCUGCACACAUAACAGACUGGUAUACAAGUAAAUGUAUAAUUUCCUCAACCAAAUAUUGAAGUAAGCAAUAUUGUUUUCGAGUGAUUGUCUUUGUAUAAGAGCCAUGGUCCUGCAAAACAUGCAAUUAAGGUAAAUAUUAACUACUUGCUGCUGAGGUUUCCGGAACCGGACUCCUUAAGUUUAUAUGCAUACCACCGGGGACACAAGUGCUCCAGCAAUGAGCGAUACAAUACUGCUGCAUGCUAAUCUGGUCCCUGUUGAACAGAGCCAGCAGCAGCAGCAGCGCA